CCGCUGACAUUCCUCCCCACGAGCUGCCGUGCUGAUGAUGGACGACCUGCCGCCCUCUUCGCGCCAUCGGCUUCCCGUGCCGCCGCCGCCGCUGCUUCUGCUUCUGUUGCUCGUCUCCGUCUCCUGCCCGCUCGCCGCAGCACUGGAGGAGGACUUGGUGCUCAGGAAUGGGGUACGAGUACGGACGCCGCUUCCGUUGAACUCAGUGGAAAAAAAGUGGAACCUGCAGGAGAAGCCACGGGGGGCGAGGACGUCCAACUCGGCGAGAUUAACGUCAUAGUCGACCCCAUGUUCGCUGGCAAGACCACCGUGGUUCUCCACCGGCACCGCCCAUGGCUGGAGCUUGCCGGCGAUGGCGGAUGUGGAGCUUCACCACCUUUCGCAGCCCCAAACCGUGAUCCAGUUCUUCGUGAGGCUCUCGAGCUUGUAUUUUUUUCCAAUUCAUCUAAUGUUAGGGACAGUCAUCCUGGUGCAUGGGAGCAACUGCUGAUGGAGGACGAGUCAAAGUGUUGUGACUGGCUGCUGCAGAUCCUCUGAUGGAGGUUCAAAGAUUGUCCUGGCGCAAGUUCAAGAGUUUAGCAUGCGUGAGUCGUCCAUCAUCUUCCCUCAUGUAGCAUCGGAGUCUCUCCUCCCCCUUGCCGCACACACAGGCCAGGCUGUCUAGCACCUCCUCAGGUGAGGACGGCGGCGAGGCCCGACACCGCUCCGUCCAGCAGUCCAACACCGCCGCCGGAGGCCGUUCACUGUCGCAAUGCCUACUUUCUCCCGUGCCUCCUUCCCAGUCAUCGAGAGUGCUGCUUUGUUUCAGACCUGACGGAAGAAGGCAGAACCUCUGUCUCGUACACAGUAAUAUUGCUCUCUCAUCUCUCAUCUCGUAGGCAGUAAUAUUGCUCGUCAGUUCACUUCAUGUUUGUUCGUAUGUCUAAAAAUAAUUGAGUUUAUAUAGGAGUUCAAAUGGAUAAAAAAUGAAUAGUUAUAUGUUUGAAGUUCAUCGACCAAAAUUCUAAAAGUUCAAACUGAGAAACGUGGUAAGUUCGAACGAAAAAUAAAUGAGCCCUUCUGACAUUUUCACUGAGAAAAAGGUAAGGAGUUUAUGUAUAACUGUAGCUAGUGCCCCAUCGAAUCAACAUUGCGAUGUAGUAAAAUAGUUUGUUUACAUCUCUCUAGCUAUAUGAGAAUGAAUGUUUUGUUAUUAUAUCUGUUUCAUUGCUUGUCUUCAGUCACCUAAAUAAGUUCAAGAAAAAUCUGUAAGUUUGGUGCGUGUGCUGCUACAAAUCUAAACUUCUUGUCCAAUAAUUCUAGUACUGAUGAGCAUCGAGUUGAUUGAAAUCAUGUACUCCUAGUUGGUUUCUAAGCCCCUUAAUGGUCCUUCUAUAUAUAGAAGAUGUGCCUGAUAGCCAUACAUGACUUUUGUGUAUGACAAAUGGUGCGAGGAAAUUCUGAAUACAUGGCACAGCCGCUCUUGGACAGUAAACAUUUAUAUCUUAUUUAUUAGUGCAGCCAGUCUGUUUUCUUUUUGACCAAAGAACAGUAGGGUAACAGCCCUACUGUGUGUCAUUUUUCAUUAAUAAGGGGAAACAGAAUGUAAUGUCUUACAGUGGUUGUUUGGGUAACAACCAAAAAAAUGAAAGGAUUACAACAUAAAUGGAAAAGGUAAGAAAAAGCCAGUCUGUGCUUCUUCAGUUCUAAAAUUCCCAGAGCGUCAGUGCAACUACAUAUCAGGGUAUGCUAUGUUGAUUCUAUAAUUUUCCGUAUGCUUGUAUGUACAAAAAUAUGGUAUAUUUACUGCUUGCAACUUUCAAUUAUGUUUUGUUCUAAAGCUACUUGCUGUAAAGUAGUGUAUGUGCUAGGGUUUCAGUACAGCUUCCAAAAUAAAAUGUGGUUCAAGUUCUCAAAUUGUUUAGAAGAAGAUAGGAAAGGAAGUCUUGAAUGGAAAGCUCAUAUGAGUGUGAAUGGUUUGAGUAAAUUGUUGAAGAUUAGAUAGGAGUGAAAAAACAAAAGGUAUAUAAGUGAUGCUAAAAACUGAGAUGUCAAAUUUAACAUUCUAUUAUUUCUGUUCUUUUAUUUUCUUUUAGUUUUGGUGUCUGAAUUUGUGGAUAUAUGAGCAGGCCCCAAUAUUUAUUUCUUCAGUUCUCUUCCGCCGUCAGGUCGCAGCCUCUUCCUUCUGCAGGUCACCACCCCCUGCUUCUGCAGGCCGUGCCACAUCCCCCCAUUCCCGCAGCGGACAGCCCGUUCACCGCCGGCACCAUAGUUCGUUCACUACCGACAGCCGAGGCCGUUCAACGACGCAACGACGAGUACUAGUUUGGAAGGCCAGGAAGUUCUACUUCUGGCAUAAGCCAACGGAGCAUCGGUCAAAGAAGGCCGAUGCGCCUCAUGCCAGCUCCGGGCAUCGCCGGAGGUCCUAUCUGUUCUUCCCCCGCCCCCGUGCACUCACCGUCGAGCCUAUCCAUGCACAGCUCUAGUAUUGAUGAGCUUCAGGCUUGUCGUUGUUCAUGCAGAUUAAUUCUUUGUUAAUUGCUAUUGCACAUUCAGUAAAUGUAGCCUUUGUCUUCUCAGUGAAGUUUUAUUGUGAAGAUUUUUUAAUGCACACGGAAACCAGAUUGUCUGCUGCUACAUGCGCAUCAUAUGCGUAUUUUACCAUUGAGAAACCUCAUCAUAUGUAAAUGUCUUCUAACUCUAGAUUUUGAUGAUGCAAAGUUGUAUCCGUGUACACAUUUCUUAUUUCUAUUGCUCUUGGUUCAAAUGACCAAUUGCUAUAA